UUUUAUUGUUGAGAUUGCCGCUGAUAUCACAUCAGUUUAGUGUCGAAUGACUUGCGCAGCGGAUGCUUGUUUGGUGGGCUCCGUCAUAUGUAUUUUUCGUCAAGAGUUGGCUUUAAUGUGAUAAAAAGGUGGCAGGUCUUACACCCAUUAGGGGAUGGGCCGUGAUGGGGCCCGGUCAUUUUGGCGGCCCCGCCAACGCCCCGAUUCCAGUUCUUCUUCAUCUUCUGAUUAUCGUCUGCUGUUUGACAUUAGCUGCAAGUUCCGAUUGCAAGGUUCACCUUUGCUCCAAACAGUACAGUCGAGCUCUGGACGAGGACAAUGUAGUUGAAUCAGCAACGUACCGUUACUGCAGCCUACUGAAAAGUUACAACGAUUGUAUGGAAGCAACUGGUCGUUCAUGUAGAGGUAACCUCGGAUACCACUCCUUUCAGACCUUGAUCUCUAACUGGGCAAAAACGUACAACUGUGAAAGUGUUUUGCUGAAGGGUCCACAACCUUCACGUGGUCCUAAUAGGCCAUCUGGGGGCCACAGAUUCCAAAAACCUCCUAGGCAGCACCAGGAAUGUAACUCGUACAGACCAGCCAGUGUUGCACCAGUGUCUUACAGCCAUUGUGCUCUCUUUGGAGAUCCUCAUUUGAGAACAUUUUAUGACGAGUUGCAAACGUGCAGCGUGUCAGGUGCCUGGCCUCUACUGGACAAUCCUCAUCUUGCUGUGCAAGUCACCAAUGAACCAGUUGGGAAAGGUUCCUCAGCGACUGCCAUCACAAAGGUUACUGUGAUCAUCCGUCAGCAUAGUCCAUGUGCUCAGGAAAAAACCUAUGAAGCUCAGAGUGAUUAUCUUCCUGGGGUAUUCCCCGAUGGUUCCAAAUGGAGCGGCCCUGGAGUACGCAUUCGAGAAGAAGUUCCUGGAAAGCACAUAGAAAUACAUCUGCGAUAUAUUGCCACAAAAAUAGUCAUACGUCAAGUUGGGAACUACCUAACAUUCGCAGCUAAAAUGCCAAGCACAGUUGCAGUGCAGGGUGCUCAGGGUGAGACUUUGGAACUUUGUGUAAAGGGUUGCCCUCGACGAGAAAUAAUUGACUUCGAAAAUAUAUUAGAUCCUAAAAGCGGACCGAAGCAAGAAGCUAUCGCAGCUUGUCGAGCUCUGAACAUUACCGAUUUUUAUUUGGAUGCUUGUGUAUUUGACCUUCUAACAACCGGUGAUGGUAGCUUCAGUGCUGCUGCCAGAGAUGCCAUGCUUGAUGCUGGUCCUCAAUCUGUUGUCAACGGCAGCCUUGCAGUUAUCCCACGUGGUCUUGCAAGCAGUGCAGCUCUUUCACUGACUUCCGUUGUCCUUCAUAUUAUUAUUGGAAUUAUUCUUGUUCUUCUCCAAAACCAUUUGGUUAGGUAACCAAAAGAUGUCAUGGGACAUUCUUUAGUGAUGGAAAUAAGUUUCUUUAGUCCAUUCAAAACAACAAUUAUUAACGAAAGUCAACAAAUGGUUAUCAAAGGGUAAAAUUUAUGCAUAAAGUAACCGUUGUGAAAAAGCACAAAUGUCACUAUAACUAGGCAUACUAUUUGUCCAAGCGUAUGAAUAAAUUCAAGCAACGUGAAUAAAGGUACAGAAAUUGUAGGUACAGUUUAGUUGUGCUUUAUUAAUGUUGCUUUACUUUAUUCAUACUAUAGUUUAAGUUCCACAGUGAAGAAGAAGUUAUGAAACAUCGAUGAAAUGUUUGUUGUCUAUGUUAUGACACAAAAGAAGUUUCAUUAUUAACAAACCACAAUAUUUAUUGUGACACCUUUUAUGUUUUACUCGCGUUGUUUUAGCUUUGUACUAACUUAAACUUAUGAUUAGUUAGUGAUGGUGGCAAAUUUAAGAAAAAGUGCAACAAUACUCUCGUUAAGGAUUGCAAUAAUUAAAAGCUUUUGAGUAGAAUUAAUAAUAAUAAUCUAAAUUUGCAGUACGGAUUACAUUUUAGUAAUUUUAAAUUACAUAAGUAAACAACAGCUAAAGUAACAUGGUCGAAAACUGCACGUUUUAAACUGUUUUGUAUGCUUCACGUGCUAAGAAAAUAAAACCGCAGCAUUUGUUGGUAAAAUGUAGCACCAACGCACACAUGUUCUUUGCAACUGUAUAGAACAUAUGUUGUUUUGUGUAGUAGUAACUGCUCUGUACAGAACGUAAGUAUGUGUAAACUGUAAAUCUCAGUAAUAUUUAACAACUAAUUAAUUGUUACUAAAUCAAAAAAUGAAGCAAACCGCUAAAACUCAGCUUUUAUUAGUUUCAAAUGACUUCUCAUGUUGUCAUAUGUGUAUUUGUUUAUUUUUGUUAGUAAUGGUAUUUGAAUGGAUUAUAGAAACAAAGUAAAUAAUUUAGAAAUGUAAAUAUUGGUAGCACAGUGAUUGCUACAGAUAUAGGUAGCCCCUGUGUAUUUAUGUUAGAAUUAAUUUUUAGACUGCCAAAAAGUCAUAUUGUUAAUUAUUUCAUUAUUAUUCUCAGGUUGAUGAUUGUAUUUUGUUACAAAAUAUUAGAUCAUCCUUGUAUAGAAAAAAUAUUCAUUUGAAUUCUAUUUAGUCAAAUGUGGUGUUGUCAAAUUUUUAUGUCCUGAUGGUGGAUAGGUUGUAAAUAGUUUAAUGUUCGAAAUGUUAUUCUUCAUCAUCCUAACAAACAUUGAUUCAAAAUUAGGUAGAAAAUAUAAUAAAACUAAUUUUUAAGAAAUAAACUGAGAAGUUUUUAAUAACCAGUUAAGAAAUAGGUUUUAAAAUCUUAAACAUUAACUUUGAAUUUAAUUUUUGAAUCGCGGUAUGAGAUAACGCUUUGUAACGAUAAAUUUAUUAUUUUUAUAGCAAUUCUGAAUUGGCAACAAUUAGAAAUGAUUGUUGGGUUAGAUUUCGUCAAUUCUUUGACAGCGCCCUCUAUACUAAUUAUGAAAAUGGCGCGAAAUGUAACGAAAAAUCAAUAUAAAGAAAAAUCCAUGGUUUUGUAAACAUGAAAGCUUUAAUGAUUUGAUAAUUUUAAUGAUA